ACACACACACACACAUAAGCACUAAUAGGGGGAACAUUUAAAGAGAGGAAAAUCGAAAAAAAAGCGAAAAAAGCGAAAAACCUACGCGAUUGGGAAACUCGAGCAAACUCGAGAGCAAAAGAGCGAUACACGGUGAGUGCACACGCAAGUGAAAGAGCUAGCGACAAAUGGUUCCUUUGCCGUGCGCUCUUGCUCUGCUCUUUCCUCAUCGUGCCGUCCGUUCGUUCCCUUGGUUUCGAGUGCCGUGCAACGAGUGGGCACUUACCUUCUCAAGUGAAAACAUAAUUUAGUUACAGUCAAGCACAGCUUCAGCCCGAGACGGACGUCAAUGCUGGCGACUUGGCGUACUUGGCGCGUUCGGGUGGUACUACAAUAGUGUGUGGGCAUCCCUGCAGUUCUUUGUUGUUAUUGUUGUUGUGCUACCACCUUCCAAAAGUGUGUCCAUGUUAUACAAAAGUUUAUGAAUGCAUUUCGUGUUCCUUUAAGCGUGUAUUUACGAUAUGCCUGGCUCGACUUUGAAUGUGUUUACCCAAUGAAUGGCAGUUCCGUUUAGUGCAAGUGGAAACAUUAUUCUCUAUAGAAAGUAUACAUUUAUUAGUGUUUUAAAAAUAAUUAGAAAUAAAGCAAGAAGUGUACCUUUAAGUAGCCUCCGAAAAACAGUCUCCUUUUGCACUUAAAACGUUACCUUUACCUACCAAAGUGGCCACCGAAAAGAACGAACCCGUGGCAAACGCCACCGGUGGACGGUGCAGUCGUUCGCCCUCGUCUACUAGACCGGUGGAACCAUCGCCACAGUCACCUCGUGUACGAUCGCCGGCAAAUACGGUGGUGAACAACGGUGCAGCUGGAGCAGCGCCGGGUAGUCCCAGUGAGACGACUUCCAGCCCGAGCCAAACCGUACUGCCGGACGGACCUACAGUGAUGGCGGGUCCGACGGCAACGGCACCGGUCCUAACCUGGUCGCCAUUGCUAUUUCCACCCUGGAAUACAGCUUUACUGCCGGCAGCGUUUUAUCCCGUUGCCGCUCUUCGAUCACUGCCUGGGUUCCUUGAUAGUAUGAAACUGCCGCAAUCGCAACGAACUACCAGUACCGGUGCUGGCUUCCGUAUCUGCAACCUGCUCGAGCUGGACAACGACAAAAAGCAGCAUGCGAAAAAGCGAAAAAGCUCCAGCUCGAUAGACGAUCCCGUAACGCUGCACCGUACCCGUGACCAUGAUGCGGAUGAGGCGGACGAUGAAGAUGAUUCCGGUGCGGCCGAUACGGCCUGUCCAGAUGGUUCGCUUACGCGACGAAGUGGGACCACGCUGUCCCAGGAAGACACUAGUAGCAAUCCGGAUCUGCACGGUUGCAGUGUGAUCAACAGUGACGAUGACAGCAGACCUGAAGCCCGUGGCCCGGAUGGUGGCAGGGGUAGGAUGGGCAGUGCAGCAAGCCGUGGACAGGACGAACGGACCAGUCCUUCGGCGGCGAGUGGCGAUGAGGGUGGUGGGAAACCAUCGUUCGGCUUACGAACUACCACCAGCCUGGCGGAAGAUUUACAUGCCCGGUUCGGGUAUACGGGGCUACAUCCUAGUGCCCAUCUUUCGCAUCUACCUUCACAUCCACACCAUCAUCAUACUCAUCACCAGCAUAAUCACCAUCAUCAACAUCAUCCGACACAUCUGCAUCAUCCGCAUCAUACGCUCGCUUCUACGCCUCCUGGUCAUGCCCUGUUUGGUGGACGAUCCUGGCCGUACGAUAGCUGCAAUACACUCAAUGGUAAGUGUAUAAUAGUGAUAUUUGGUAAUUGGAAGACAUUUAAGAAGAGAAUUUAAUAUCACGAGCUAAGAUUGAAGUUGAAGGAAAGUUGGUCAGAGACAGAUCUUUUUGGAAUUGAAAUUGAGAACCAUUCUGAAAUUACUGAGUUCCGAAUGUUAAAUUAAAGUUGCGACCAUUCCGUUCCACCAAGCGAGGAGAUCAUUACUCUCAUUAGGAUCUUUCUUGGAGGACUACUAGAUCAUAUGUCUGCUAUGAGAUUCGAUCCUCAAGACUAUCGAGAGUCUGCAUAUUUGUUGAGAUUUGAGGGCCUUUAUCAGACUUAUUUGCUUAGAUUUUCUCCUGAAAAAAAGAGGACUUCGAUAUGAAUAUAACUAAAAAAAGAACAGAUAACUUCCCUGUAUAAAACUCCGAAUAUCCCCGCUCUUCAUUGCUAUUGAGCUGCAUUAGAAGAGGGGUUCCAUAUCUAAACGUUCGAUUGUGGAUUAACCUACAAAACAACAGAUUGAUGGGUUUCAAAGUAAUUAUUAAUGUAGUCCCCUUGUCGUACGUGUGACUUCUCACACGUUGAGCUGAAUCCAUGAAUGGGCUCACCGUCUCUGCAGCUGGUCUGCAAAAAGGCCGGGCUGACCAGCUGGACCGGGGCAGAGAAGGCACAAGCCACAAACAUUGGAGGGACAAAAGUGCUGGAACAAUUAGGCCACUGACAUGCCGCCAACAUUACACGGACACACAAUCGAUUCGUUCACUGUUCAGACCGUGAUCGUUUACAUCAAAUCAGCCCAAGAAAGGCUGUGUCCGUGUGGGUUGAUUUACAACUUCCGGAGUGCGGAGAGUUCGUUCUAGUGUUGGUCUCGUUAUG